UGAAGGAAGGGGACUGCCAUAGAAUGGUUCUAUAAGUCAUAGGGAGCCGGAGGAGCCUCACCCCAUUCUAGUGUAUGUGUGGGCACGUGCGUGCAUGCGUGCAAGUGUGUGUGUUUGCGUUUGGGGGAGGGAGAGUGAGAGAGGGGGAGAGGACACUCACCCUUUAAGACUGGGAAGUCCGCGGUGGUGGCGCACGCCUUUAAUUCCAGCACUCGGGAGGCAGAGGCAGGCAGAUCUCUGAGUUCGAGGUCAGCCUGGUCUACAGAGUGAGUUCCAGGAAAGGCACAAAGCUACACAGAGAAACCCUGUCUCAAAAAACCAAAAAAAAAUAAAAUAAAUAAAAUAAAAUAGCUUGUCCCACCAACCCUACUAAGACAGUGAGUUCUUAGACUUGGAGCUUCCUUUCACUUAGAUACUGCUGGUAAUUCCUUCCACUAAUGGGUUCUUUCUCUACAUAGACAUAAAACAGAAGCCUUCUUAAUCUAGCUAAGAUUUGCUUUGGUUGGCGUUUUAGGUGACCUUAAACAUUUUAGUCUUUCUGAUAGUGUCUGAGCUUUUUCCUCAGGUGACUGGCAUUAUCCAUUGCAUGUGACAGAGAUAUAUGGGUGGGACCCUCAGGACCUGAGAUGAUAGGCUUACCAUUGCUUCCUCGACACUGAAGGGCACCAUUUUUGAGCCACGAUGAAGUGUCCGGAUUAUGGAGUAGACUUCAGGGUCCCACCCAGUUUCACCAUGUGCUGGGUGACCUUGCUUCACUAUUGUAAGCUUCCAUUUCCUUAUCUGUGCUGUGGGGUAAUAGUACCUGCCUUGUAGGAUUGCUGUGAGGCCUGGACGAGGUCACCGGUGCAGUGUUUAUAAGGUACCUGACACCAAUACCCAAGAAUAAGGAAGUGGCUGUUUACUGAGUUUUUAAAUGUUGACCUUUCUUGACUGCCCAUCAUUUUCUAAUAAAUGAAAUGAAACCUAAAUAAAAACAAGUUGAGCCUACCGAGAGAUGAAGAGAAGAAUGUGUUCUAAACAACCAUUAUUGAGUAUUUCAUAACUGAUUUAACCACACACCUGUUGUGAUGAACAUUUAGGUUGUUGGAAGUUUUGGCUAUAAUAGACAAUUCUGGAACAAAUGUGGUUUAUAUACUUUUUUAUUGUGUUUUUGAGUCAAGGUCUCAUGAAGUCUAGUUUGGCCUUGAACUUGUGAUGUAGCUGAAAAUGACCUUGAACUCCUGAUCCUCUUGUCUCGACUUUCUUAGGAACCACAUUUUGUACUUGGUAGAAAGCUAUCAGACCGUGGUGAUUGUUGGAGAAACGGGAUGUGGGAAGAGCACCCAGAUUCCACAGUACCUGGCAGAAGCUGGCUGGACAGCCGAAGGACGAGUGGUUGGAGUGACCCAGCCUCGAAGAGUGGCCGCUGUGACACAUGCUCUUUCUUCUCAAAGGUUGCAGGGAGAGUAGCUGAUGAAAGGGGGGCAGUGCUGGGCCACGAGGUGGGCUACUGCAUCCGCUUCGAUGACUGCACCGACCCGCUGGCGACGAGAAUUAAGUUCCUUACGGAUGGGAUGCUGGUCAGGGAAAUGAUGGUUGAUCCAUUGUUAACAAAAUAUAGUGUCAUCAUGCUGGAUGAAGCCCACGAGAGGACCUUAUAUACGGACAUUGCCAUUGGCUUGCUGAAGAAGAUUCAGAAAAAACGAGGGGAUCUUCGCUUGAUUGUGGCCUCAGCCACUCUGGACGCAGAGAAAUUUCGAGAUUUCUUUAACCAGAAUGAAACCAGUGACCCAGCCAGGGAUACCUGUGUGACCCUUACAGUGGAAGGGCGGACAUUUCCAGUGGAUAUCUUUUACCUACAAAGUCCUGUUCCAGAUUAUAUCAAGGCAACUGUGGACACUGUGGUAAAAAUUCACCAGACAGAGGGAGAUGGAGAUAUACUAGCCUUCCUUACUGGUCAGGAAGAAGUAGAAACCGUUGUAUCCAUGCUGAUCGAGCAGGCACGGGCUCUGGCUCGCACGGGGAUGAAGAAACACCUCCGGGUUCUCCCCAUGUAUGCAGGACUGCCUUCUUUUGAGCAGAUGAAGGUGUUUGAGAGGGUGUCACACAGCGUCAGAAAGGUGAUUGUGGCCACCAAUGUGGCAGAAACUUCCAUCACAAUCAGUGGCAUUGUGUAUGUAAUUGACUGUGGCUUUAUGAAGCUCCGAGCCUACAACCCCAGGACAGCUAUUGAAUGCUUGGUGGUGGUACCAGUGUCUCAGGCGUCAGCCAAUCAGAGGGCAGGACGUGGUGGGCGCAACCGCUCCGGAAAGUGUUACCGCCUUUAUACAGAGGAUGCCUUUGACCAGUUACCUCAGUCCACUGUCCCUGAGAUGCAGCGCAGCAAUUUGGCCCCCGUCAUCCUGCAGCUGAAAGCCCUAGGGAUCGACAAUGUCCUCAGGUUCCACUUCAUGUCUCCCCCGCCAGCACAGUCGAUGGUUCAAGCCUUGGAAUUACUCUACGCUCUCGGAGGCCUGGACAAAGAUUGCCGCCUAACUGAGCCGCUCGGCAUGAGAAUCGCAGAGUUCCCUCUGAACCCCAUGUUUGCCAAGAUGCUGUUGGAAUCAGGGAACUUCGGCUGUUCUCAGGAGGUUCUGAGCAUCGCUGCCAUGAUGCAGAUCCAGAAUGUCUUUGUGUUCCCCUCAAACCAGAAAUCUCAGGCAACUCGAGUGCACCGGAAAUUUGCUGUGGAGGAGGGUGAUCAUCUCACCAUGCUCAAUGUAUAUGAAGCAUUUAUCAAACACAACAAGAGCUCCCAGUGGUGUCAGGAGCAUUUCCUGAAUUACAAGGGUCUUGUCAGAGCUGCCACCGUGAGAGAACAGUUGAAAAAGCUCCUCGUCAAGUUCCAGGUGCCCAAGAUGUCCAGCGAAGGUGAUCCAGACCCUGUCCUGAGGUGCAUCGUGUCGGGGUUCUUUGCAAAUGCAGCCCGGUUUCACUCCUCUGGAGCAUACAGGACUAUCCGUGAUGAUCACGAGCUGCACAUCCACCCUGCCUCAGUCCUCUAUGCAGAGAAGCCACCCCGCUGGGUUAUCUACAACGAAGUUAUCCAGACCUCCAAGUAUUACAUGCGAGACGUGACUGCCAUAGAAUCUGCUUGGCUGCUGGAGCUGGCUCCGCACUUUUAUCAACAAGGAACGCACCUGUCCCUGAAAGCCAAGAGGGCCAAGGUCCAGGACCCAUGAUUGGAGCUCAGCAAGGGGCUGCAGGGACGGCUUGGCAGCCUUCCUUCGUGUGGUUUCCGGCACCAGCUCAGGUGGAACAGGCAGUCGAUCUGGUGUGGGCUGCAUCCUGCGCAUUAGCUCCCUCUUCCUGCUCCCCUCAGCAUUUACCAUCCUUACUGGGACCCCAGAGGAGUCUGAGCAUGGCCAGUGUUCUGCUGCACUGCACCUAGGCCAAGCAAGAGUUGGCUCGGCUGUGCUCUGGACUCAGUGCUCACUCUCAGUAGCCAGCCCACUACUCCAGCAGGCACAGUCCUGGUCCUGCUCCGUGGUGAGGAGAGUGAAGCGCUGAAGUCUGAAGGCCUGUGUAGACAGGGCUUUCUGGGUGCCUGUGUUUGCCUGCUGAGGUCCACUGCUGCUCUGUGCAGUAAGUACAAAAGGAAAUACUGGACUUUACCACCAAGAUCACCAAAGGUCUGGUCUGUCAGGCACGGGGCCCCCAAACCAAGCAGCUUCUUCCUUUCCUCUGCCCACGUCCAUGCUCAUCUGAGCAGGAGACUUAGGGCCACUGUGGUGGGCCAUGCGGGACCCACAGCCUCCGACUCUGGUAGCCACUGCCUUUGCAAGUGGGCUUAGCUUUCUCCAGAGCACGAUGCCACGUUCUGGUGCCAGUGUCUGGGCACCAGGGAAAGUUCAUCAACCUCGACCCCACAGGGCUCCUCUUUAGCAGGAAUUCACUACAGUUUAGAUACCCUAAACUUGUGUAGCUCAGGAAUAUAACUCUUGUAUAUUUAUCUUUGUUCAUUUGCUUGCAUUCUCGCAAGAACAUAGGCAGCUCCCCUGGGCACUGUUCACACUGCCCAGCCAGGGCUGCUUUGCUGUGACAGUGAUGGCACUUCAGCACACGGCAAGACAGACUUCUCCCCUUACUGUUUCAAUGAUGUUUAUUUUAAAAGCGUAGCUUAAAAGUUUAUUUUUGUACUGGUCUUAGUUUGGAUGUGCCACUUUUGGCACCAAACCUAUGUCCUUUUUAUUUCCAUUUUAUAAAUGUGUAAAUAGCAGUGGUAACUUGUUAAUCAUAGUAAAUCUUUGUACCUGA